AUGCCGGAAGGUUGCGAGUGUCUAAUCCGAUUUGAUAACAAUCCCUGUGGGGUGUACUUUCCCGGCCAAAGCCUAGCGGGCUACGUGGAACUGCGCGUGCUGCAAGCGUUCAAAGUAAAAGGUGUCAGUCUGCAGAUAAAGGGGUUCGCCGAGGUGAAAUGGUCCGAAACCACGGGGUCGGGGAAAUCGCGGCGAACGGUGCACUAUCACGGGCGCCAGGACUACAUCAACACCGUGACGUACUUGCAGGGCUCGCCGGAAGGCAAUCAGUUCGACAUUGCGCCCGGCUCGCACACUUACCGCUUCGGGUGCGUACUGCCCGGAAAUGUGCCCACGUCGUUCGAGGGUCUGCACGGUCACAUCCGCUACACGGUGCGCGUCGUGCUGCACCGACCCUGGAAGGUGGAUCCGACGUACAAGGUCGGCUUCACCGUGCUACGGCACGUGAAUCUUAACGAGAACGGCCUGUCGCUGGCCGUACCGUGCAAGGUCGAGAUCCAGAAGGUGUUUUGCUGCGGACCGUGCGCCUCGGAUCCGCUCUACCUGUCGGCCCAGAUACCGAUCGGCGGGUACGUGCCGGGACAAACGAUCGCCGUGCGGAUCGAAGCCUCGAACCGCAGCAAGCGGCGAGUGACCGAGUUCAGCACGAAGCUGAUCAAGAACGUGAGCUACAUCAGCCAAACGCCCUACUGUCGGGUACGGUUGGAACCGGAAAUUGUGGUCGAAGUGCGGUGCCCGGGGGUGGCGGCCGGCGAGCAGGGCACGUGGGAUCAGUUUCUGGCCAUCCCGGCGCUGCCGACCACCAGCAACCAGUGUCAGGUGCUGACGAUUGGGUACGAGGUCGAGGUCGAGGGAAAGAUUACGGGGCCGAACAUUAACCCGCGGGUGCGCAUUCCGAUCACGCUCGGUACGGUACCGCUGGCGGCACACGCCAUUCCGAGGAUGCGCACCGGUGCCCUCGACGGUGUCCGAGCGUAUCCUGUCCCGAGCGCACCGCAAGUGUCCGAACAGCCCGAAACGGCCUCUGCACCCGUUCCGUACGACCAGCUGAGGCCACCCGCUGCCGCACCACAACCGAUCGAUCAGAUGCCACCUCCCUCGUACGAGGAAGCCGUCGGUUCUACGCCGGCCAAUAUUCUUGAGGAUGGUGAAGAAAAUACCGACACCAGCAAGUUCACGCCACAAUACAUGGUGUACCGGUUUGGCGAGUCCUGA